ACCAGGUUCCUAGGCAAAUCAUCGUGUUAUUUUUGUCGCCUCGCCGCGUCAUUGGCUCGCACAGUUCGUCGAACAGUGACGAAGGUGAAGAGGUUCUGGCGUUUUGUUGAGAAAUAUGUCCGAAACAUUAUGUUUUGAAGGCGGACUAUCGUCUUGUCAUGCAAACGUUAAGUGAGCUUAUGUUUGAAAGACGGAGUAUCGUGUUGUUGUGCCACAAUAUUACGUCCAGUAGACGGAGUAUCGUGUUGUUGUGCCGCAAUAUCGUGUCGAGUAGACGGAGUAUCGUGUUGUUAUGCCGCAAUAUUGCGUCCAGUAGACGGAGUAUCGUGUUUCCAAGCUGUAAUAUUUAAUUGUGCGGCCAAACCAUCGUAUCUUGUAAACAGAGUAACGUAUUAAGAAUAUCGACCAUCAUAUCAUCUAGUUGUACUUUUAUUUUUGGCGUUGAUACCGCUCCAUAACAGAUCGGAUCUGUAAGUAUUUUUUAAAUAUUUUGCUUAUGAAAAUUUUAGAUGCGGCACAGUUUUGUUUUACCCGAUCAAAAGAUAGAAACAGGGAAAUUUGAUGAAAAAUCAUUAUUAGCAUAUGCGGUUGUAAAUGGCUUUGUUGAAUUAUUCGAUUCCUUUGUCUGGUGCAGGUGUAUGCAUAAAUCAUGUGUGUUAUGUCUUGGUAGUCUUGGCAGAGCCAAUGAGACGUUCUUAUUUUGUUUUCAAGAUUCAUUUUCUAGCUGAAACUGAAGCAGGCUUGUACUGUUUCGACCCGGGUGUUUCGAGACAAAUUUGCCUUACUUAAUAUUACCUGUUUGUGACACACAUAUCAAACUUCAGCAGGCAGCAGUUCACUUUUUUGGUUAGUUAUAAAUAGUUAUUUACACUGUUAUUUAAAUAUAUUUUUAACUCUUGAAGCUGAUAAGAUAUUCAACAUAUGUUAUUUCUUUAACUCACUAUCAAUUUGGCUCAUCCUCGUCCAGCUGAUGAGUUCUUCACUGGACCGCAAGCUUUGGGUUUUUGUGGUUUCCUCGUUUUCACUAACACAUCCUUCGUAUAUAUUCACUACUACAUCCUUCCGUAUACGAUUUUUAUUUUGGAAACCAGGAUGUCAAGGGUUUCCCUUCAAAUUAAUCUUUUUAAAUGACAUAUUUAUUUUUGACAAAUACAAAUUUUCACCAACCAUUUCUGCAAAUAUAUAUUGACAGUAUUAAUUAUUUAACAUAUUUCAUUCAAAGCUGACACACAGGACUUUGAUACUUAUGAUGUUAUAAGGUUGUUACUUAGUACUUGCUUCUAGAACUAAACACGGCUUAAAGUGAACUCAGUUUACCUACACUGUAGAGUCAAAUAGUUAUAACCUGAGAUAAGGCUCUAUUUUCGUUUCACUUGGUAAAUAACAUUAGGGCGGGCAAGGCGAUUUUAGCGGGAGCACUGAAGAGAGAGUAUAUGAGAACUGCUAAAAUUGGGCCUGAUCUCAGGUUAAAUAGUUACGCCACAGUGAUGAAGUUCUUUCUUUUUUCAAGAACUUAAAACUCAGAAUUCAUUUUUCUGGGGCAGAGUCAUGCAUGGCUCAGGCGUGUUCUUCAGUCUUGAUACACGUUGUUAAAUCGAGAGCUUUUCACAACUGCAGUGGACUUAAAAAUUUUUAUUUAUCAAAUGCAUUAGUUCAAAAGUGGAAAAUCAGAGAAAAACGCUUAUGUUGUUUGUUUUCUUUUUUAAGUUAUUGGUUACAAACUGAAGACAGAAUGGCUGAGGCGGAAUUAAGUAACGGCUACGACGACUUUCCUGACAACACUGAUGUCAUGUGGAUGAAAAUGGCCUUGAUGGCAGCCAGUCGUGCUGAAGUAACAAGGCAUGCUGAGGGAAAGCCCAGUGUUGGCUGUGUAAUUCGUCGCGCAAGAACUCGUGGUCCUCGAGCAGUCCUAGCAGUUGGUUGGAACGGGUUCCUUCCCAACACACCUGAAGAGGAGCUAGCUGAAAUAAAGGGUCGCACCUUCAAAGGGGAUCCUACGCAGCAAAAGAAGAAAAUGGAUAAAGCACUGACUGACGAACUCGGCCUACAUGCUGAGGUAAACGCCCUACAGUACUGCUCCGAAAGACCGGAGAUGGCUACCAUCUACACGACUCAUGUGCCGUGCUACAAUUGUGCAAAACAACUUGUUGCACAUAAAGUUGGGCGUGUUUUUUACCUGUUUUGGAUGGAAGGAAAUGAGACGUCAAUAGAGCUCUUCAAGAAGUUUGAUAUAACUUGCGUGCCCUUCGGAAGGCGAGGCGAAGUACUAGAGGAUUUUAGCAAGUUUUUUCUUACAAAACGCAAAAUUGUUCAGGGAAGCACUGUUGAGCAAACACCCAUAGAACGCGAUCAAUAUUUUUUGGAUAGUAGAGACAACAGGCACUUGGAAAAUUGUAUUACAAAGUAUAAAUGUAAGUUGUCUUGAGUUCUAGGGCAAUAACAUUUGAUCCAUGAUAAUAAUAAUGAUGAUGAUAAUGUUAAUAACUAAAUUUUAAGAGGGGAGCACUUUAGCGGAGUAAAAACUGACGAACCUGUGGCACUUGCCUAAAUUAUCAUAGACACUAAUUUACAAGUAUAGAGCCGAAACGAGUUUUGCUGACCUUCUAAUUCAUCUAUUUUUAAGUAAUCAAAAAAUUUUGAAGAGAGAAAAGACUGAUUGUUUUGCAAUAAGCUGAUCACUUUUUAAGCCAGGCAAUUGUCCAAGUUUCAGAAUCACUGAAGAAAGGUUAAUUAGGAGAGAAAUGGGGUAUUCACUUUAACUCGGCUUGUAAUAAUUGGUACGCAAAUCGGAUAUCUUACUGAAAAUUGACUUACACAAAUUGGCAUCCAAAACUGCUAUGGCCUUGUUCAAAGUUUUAGACUAUGCAAUUUCUGGGAUCUGGAAAAAUUGAUUUGUUUUCAGCCAUUUCUUAAACUGCUCGUCGUUCUAUUUGUUGAAUGGACUACGUCUAUCUCGAAAAACAACUACCGGCAUCAAAAUUGUUUGAGGUAAUUUUAGCGUUGAUUUACGGCUUAUUGCAACUACAGGAGGAAAAUAAGCUUAAUUUAUUUAUUUAUUCUUUUCCUAGGGAGGACUGAAUUCCUGAAAAAG